GAUUUUAGUGCCAUAGAAAAAGUUAUAAAAAUAUUACUAAGCCUUUUAAGAAUUUUCAAAUCAAGCAAAAUGGAUUGUGACAGCAUGCAAAUGGCUAUCACGGAGGAACAUCAUUCAACCGAACGCAAGGAAUGUGGACGAAGAGGACGUAAGCCAGGCAGGAAAACUUCGUCCGAAAAAGUAGAUGUAAAAGCAAAACUCGAGCGAAGCAGACAAAGCGCACGAGAAUGCCGCGCUCGAAAAAAACUUCGGUAUCAGUAUUUGGAGGAGCUAGUUGCAGAUCGUGAAAAGGCAGUUAUAGCUUUGCGUGCUGAACUGGAGCGAUUCAUGCAAUGCGAUAGACGACUAGACGAAGUGGCAUCUCCCAAUGAUAUCGAUCAGUUACUUAAAGACAUUGGCAUUCUAAAACAAGAAACAUUUACAUAAGCUACUCAAAAAAUAUAUAUAUCCUUAUUUCUUAA